CUAAAAACACAAAUCGUACUCGAAGUGUACAAAAACCCUUGAAACUCGCUCCCACAGGCAUAGAGACUGUCAUCCAGAUCAAUAGAUUGCACUGAAUAGCGAGCACCAUAUUUUUUGGGGUUUUCUCUACACGACCAACAGACUUUAGGGGCAACACUGUUAAUUUCCAAACAAAGAAGUGGAACAUAUGCAGAAUAUGGAAUAAUUAUUAUACGUUAUAAAAUACCGAAGUUGGCAAGAAAGUCGUUGUGAUUUGUGAGCUUCAGGACAUGGCGUCACGAGUGUUAUCAUGUGCAACAGCACCCAUGGUGUCACGAGUGUUAUCUGAUUCUAGCAGGAUGACUUGUUACUCUUCACUACAACUACUACUGUCUUCAACUUCAACAGUAACAGUAACUAAGCUAAGGCUUCGAAAUGGAUCGAUAAAGUGCAAGGCUCUUGGAGAGAGCUCUCAGACUUUUUAUCAGGGAAUCUACGGCCCUUGGACCGUUGAUUCCUCCGACGUUCGAGAGGUUAUUUUAUACAGAUCGGGAUUGGUGACUGCUGCUGCAUCGUUUGUUGUUGCUGCAUCAUCUGCUUUUUUACCUGAAAACUCUUUGUUAAGUGAUAUAAUUAAGCAAAAUCUUGAUCUAUUUUAUACAAUUGGAGCUGGUGGGUUGGGCUUGUCAUUAUUUUUGAUCCACAUCUAUGUUACUGAGAUUAAGCGCACUCUUCAAGCACUAUGGGCACUCGGUGUUGUUGGAUCUUUGGCAACCUACACAAGCCUCGCUCAACCAGCUGGUGACAACUUAAUACAAUAUGUUAUCGAUAACCCAUUAGCCGUCUGGUUUAUUGGUCCUCUCUUUGCAUCACUGACAGGACUUGUCUUCAAAGAAGGCCUUUGUUAUGGAAAGCUGGAAGCUGGAGUCCUCACAUUCAUCAUACCUACAUUUCUUCUUGGGCACCUGACCGGUUUGAUGGAUGAUGGAGUAAAGCUUACUCUGCUGGGUUCAUGGAUGGCCCUUUUUGUGAUAUUUUCCGGAAGGAAGUUUACUCAGCCAAUUAAGGAUGAUAUUGGUGACAAAUCUGUUUUCAUGUUCAAUUCUCUUCCGGAAGAUGAGAAGAAGGCAUUGCUAGAGAAACUUGAGCAAAACAAAUUCGAUCAGAAUCUUGAGUAGGAAGAGAUCUGAGCCAAAAAUUGCACCUUAAUUUUUAGACAAGAAGUUGCAUGAAAUGGAUUGAAGAGUGAUUUUAAGGUAGGUAAUUUUAAGUAAUUUCUGUGGUUGUAGCAUGUAAUAUUCUUUUACUAACUAUGAAUAAAUUGGGGAUAAGGCUGUCCACCAAUCACCUCUCUCAUACCCCACAAAAAUGGGAGCUUUGUGCAUUGGGUAUGACCUUAUAUGCUAUAGAGCUUUUCAAUUA